CAACGUGACUUUACCGAAAGAACUAAGAAUAUAAGAUUGCUAAAGGUUAUACCGGGUGACCUGCAUCUUUGUCUGUGUGUGUAGAUGGCCAAGGCUGAAGAGAAAGUGGGCUCAAGGAGCGGCGUGCAAUGGAGUGCGCUGCCCACAUCGGACGGCGUUGCCAUCGCCAGUAGUAAAACCCCACGAGAAAUCUUGAAGCUCUUUGGGGAUUUCCUGACCCCCACCGAGAGAAGCGAGGUCCUCACCGUGAAUAACAUCUGGUAUUUCGGCGUCCAUAACAAAGGCUUUGGCACCCAGAACCAUGGCUACGAUGAUGUCUACAACCAUUAUGUCUCGGUCGAGCAUGAGCACCUCAAUUUCCGGUAUGAGGUGCUGAAGAAGGUGGUCGGACCUUACAGCCAGAUCUUCAAAUGCCGUGACCACAAGACCAACACCCGAGUGGCUGUGAAGAUGUGGAGACAGUCAUUCAGUGCUGAGGAAGACCACAGCCAGUGGAUGGAGUACCACAUCUUGCUGCAACUUCAGGGCUGGGCUAAUGAUGAUGUCAACGUUGUCAGAAUCCUCGACUUUUUCACCUUCAGGGGUCACAACUGCCUCGUCAUGCAGCUCAUACCGAAAAGACGUCUGUUAAGUGCCGUUGAUUGCACGGCACCCCAGCACAUGGAGAUGACAAUGGUGAAACUCUUCACCAAGUCCAUUCUCAAAUUCCUCAUUCAACUCCAUGCAAAGGGAAUCGUGCAUGGGGACAUCAAGCCGAGGAACAUGUCGAUUAAAGAGCCUGGGGCAGGGACCAUCCGGAUGAUGAGUUUUGAAAACAGCUUUUUGGUGGGACGCCAACGUGAGUCGUGAGUGUGUGGCUGAGUGUGAGAAUGUGUGUUUAUGCAGUUUGAGGAGCAGUA